AUGGCUAGUACCACUGAAACAUCACCAGGUAUCAAAGAGCGCCUCAAAGCCUCAUACGAUGGCGUCGCAGUGACCUACAACAAGUGGACCGAGAAGCACUCACCGCGCCGUCUUGAGUACCUGGAGAAGCUCAAAGAUCAUGUCCCCUCGCUGGCAAAGUCAGAUCACACGGUGUCCGUCGUGGAACUAGGAUGCGGGCCUGGCUCGCCCGUGCUAUCCCAUCUCUUGUCCGGCAAUGAGCAGCUACACGCAGUAGCCAACGACCUCUCCACGACACAGAUGGCUCUGGCCGAGGAGAACCUGAAAGCCUAUACCUCGCGCGUAUCCUUCUUACCAGGAGACAUGAUGCAGCUGAGUGUUCCGGACGACUCGCAGACGGCUGUCGUGGCGCUGUACAGCUUGAUUCAUCUCCCCGCCAAUGAGCAGGCGAUCAUGGUCCAGCGUAUCGCCGGCUGGUUGAAGACCGGCGGAUGCCUUUUGGCGAACUUCGCCAAGGAGGAUACCGACCAUGUGAUGGAGAAGUGGCUGGACAAGGAGGACUGGAUGUUCUGGAGCGGAAUGGGGGUGGAGGGCACCCUCAAGGUGUUGAAGGAGGCUGGAUUCUCGCUGGAGAGUAGCAAAGUGGAAGGAGACGAGGAGGAGACGUUUCUGUGGGUUAUCGCAAAGAAGUAA